AUGGCCCACUGCCGCCCAGACGGCGGCAGAAGCUGGACGACACUGCGCAGGCCGGCCCGCAGCGCAGCGGUGGCCCCCGGCGACGGCACGAGGCAGCACGACCUCCAGGGCACGAGCGGCCGGCACGGGCAGGGUCUGGCCACGCACCCAGACAUGUCGGGUACGAGCGGCCAGCACCGGCAGGGUCUGGCCACGCACCCGGGCAUGAGGCGGCGGACGAUGCUCGGAGAGGAGGCGCGGCCGGGGGCCAGAGGCGGAGGCGGCGCGCGGGCUCGAGGGCUUCGAGCCCAGCGGCGCGGGUGGCGCCUCGUGCUGCGCGUGGACGCA